CUUCAAUCGUGAGUUCAAGUCUUUUCCGUCUACCAUCGAUAUCCCAACGCCGUUGAACCAUCAAUCCUCAUACCCUCGCCCCCCUCUCGAACCCUCCUUACGAGCCCUUCAACCCUAGGCUGAUAUGAAUCGAACAGCAUCUCAGCGACGGAGCAAUUUGGUUUUGCAUAGAACGAACUGAGGUCAUCCCCAACCCACACCCUCGAUUUCUGCCUCUCCAGGUUGCUCCAAACUGUGGUGGAUAGUGAUCUCUGCUUCAACGCGCAGGCCAAUGGACAUCAUGAUGAUAUGAGGAGGAGGCGAUUUGCAUUGGAUUCAGCCCAUCUAACAACCAUCAUUCAUGAGUCACGCCCGGAAUUGAGGAAUGCCGAUGGCAUGACCUCUUGCCAUGCGCCAUUACAUUCCGAACCCAAUGCGAGCCAAAGCACAGUGCUUCUGGCCGUUACCAGUCCUUGUUAGAAGGGUGUAAGACUGUGAGGAGAGGUACUCGGCAUAGAUCGUGCAACAUCUUAGCCUUUUGCUGGCGAUCGAUGUUCCAAUCGGUUUUGGGGGCCUCCGUCGAUCACCCGAGUUCUGGACUGACGCUCAACACCUUGCAUUGCCCCUCCAUAUGAUCCAUCAACACCUUUUGUCCUUGGCUGAGAUGAGCUAUACUGACUCUGGAUUACAUAGGGCAACCCCGUCCUGGUCAGCCCACCACAUCCAUGUCCCACAACCAACCCAGAUCCACCAGCAAUGGUAAAACAUUGGCAUCAAGAAGCGGCACGUGGGCUCAAGCUGGCUUACCGCCCUCAACCCAGUCACAAGCGAUAGCCCAACCGACCAGAGACCAAGCCACCCACGACAACUGGGCAGCAGCGAUGAAUCCAAGAUCGACUGGACCCUUGGACCUUUCCUCGUCAUCCUUUCCCAGUCUAAACAAUAGCGGUCUUCAAUCUCAAACUCACAACGCUGCUACAAGUGCGUGGCAGACAGGACCUCCACAAGCCGAACAGACCCAAAGACAGCAACUGUCGUCUUCCCGCUCUCACCUCUCGUCACGGCAGCAGCAGCAGCAGCAACAGCAGCAACAGCAACCAGCCAAUCCAGGUUCGGAGGGAUUCUACCCGACUGAUACCUUUUCCAGAAAUGCGCCCAUGGAAUUUGCCUCGGAACUGCCACAACAGCAGAUUCGCCGGAGUAGCCAGGUCCCUAGUGGACCUCCGGGUCUGGCACGACAAUCCAAUCCACACAACGAUACAUCUGGUGACCCGAGCAGAGUUACGUCCCCUUCGGGGCAUACCCAACUAUCCCGGUCUCCACCUACUCAGAAUAUAAACGCCGUCAUUGGACACGAUCGAUUCCUCGGGCAGCAACAUAAAGACUUCUCUCACGAUGUCGCAUCCCAAAACCCGCCGAGGGAUAGUCUGGACCGAGAUGGGGGCUCACGUGGGGAACAGUCCGUGGGAUCUAUUCUUGGAGCCAUGACGGAUCGUGACAAAUACGGGAUGAAGGGGUACAUGGCCGAGCAGGACAAUUCGAGCGCGCCUACUAGGGCAGUGAUGCGGGGAAUCGAUUUAUCGACAUUGGGGAUCAACAUGAACUCGCAAGAGCCUCUACUCCCAACAUAUACAGGCCCGUGGGCAGAUCCUCAGGCUCAACCGCUCAAGCCACUGGAGUCCGAGUACACGAUCCCCGACUGCUACACGGUCAAGAAAAUAGGCAACCUCCCAGAUCGUCUUCAAGGUUUUGUGGACGAGACGUUGUUCUUCAUCUUCUACACCAUGCCCCGUGACUACACUCAGAUGCUGGUUGCCCAGGAAUUGGUGACACGGAAAUGGCGCUAUCACAUGCGGGAAAAACAAUGGCUGACACGAGACGACGCCUCACCAAAUCCAGUCUUGUUGGAUGAUAAGGUCAGUGAGCAAGGUUACUACAUUUGGUGGGAUACCAAGGUCUGGAAGAAGGUCCGACGGAUAUACACCUUGAGGUAUGAAGAUUUAGAGGAGCAGCCGAAUAUGGGCAAUCGGACCAUCCACCCAGGAGCCAUCGCUGGGGCCAAUGGCGGAAUGGGUCUGGCUAACUUCAAUGCCGUCCCUAGUCUUGAGAGGAUGGCCGCUGGGGCUCGAGGCUUUUGAGCACAUGGUGCGAUCAUGACCUAGGCCUGAUGUGUAGGGAGGGAUCCUCUAGAUCUCUUCUCGUUGAUCAUGGCUGCUUUGGAGUACACAGCCUCUUGGCCGCGAUUCAUACAUAAUUUCUUUCAUGUGGCAGUGCUGAAGACUUGAUUUGCGUCAAGAUGUUGAGCCGACCAAGGGUUCCAAUGCUCGACUAUUCCAAAGAUACAAACAAGCAACUGGCAAUUAUUUGCCAAUGCAUUGCGGCCAUGUGCGUCUGGUCGAGCGAGAAUACCAGAGCUCGCUACCGAUUUAGCCACUUAUUCUAGGCUAGGAGUCCAUUGUAGAUCCGCACUGAAGAAUUCGCGACGAUUAUGUAUAAAUCUC